GACGUAGGCGGAAGUGACGCGGGCACCGGAAGUGGGGCGGGGUCUGCUGCAAGGGAGCUUUCUAAGCUCAGGAACUGGCGGGCGAUUGCAAUGGAGUCGGUCGCUUUAGAGAGCUCCCCAGCUCCGGAGAAUGAACACUCUCAAGAGACCCUGGAAUCGAACAACGGUGUGUACACUUCCUUCAUGAAGUCUCACCGCUGCUACGACCUGAUCCCUACAAGUUCCAAGUUGGUUGUGUUCGAUACUUCCCUGCAGGUGAAGAAAGCCUUCUUUGCCCUGGUGACUAACGGUGUUCGAGCUGCCCCUCUGUGGGAUAGUAAGAAGCAGAGUUUUGUGGGAAUGCUGACCAUCACUGACUUCAUCAAUAUCCUGCACCGAUACUAUAAGUCAGCCUUGGUGCAGAUCUAUGAGCUGGAAGAACACAAGAUAGAAACUUGGAGAGAGGUGUACCUCCAGGACUCCUUCAAGCCACUCGUCUGCAUUUCUCCAAAUGCCAGCUUGUUUGACGCUGUGUCUUCAUUAAUUCGAAAUAAGAUCCACAGACUUCCGGUUAUUGACCCAGAGUCAGGCAACACCCUGUACAUCCUUACUCACAAGCGCAUCCUCAAGUUCCUCAAGUUGUUUAUCACUGAGUUCCCCAAGCCCGAGUUCAUGUCUAAGUCUCUGGAAGAGCUACAGAUCGGCACCUAUGCCAACAUCGCUAUGGUGCGCACGACCACGCCCGUCUACGUGGCGCUAGGCAUCUUCGUUCAACACCGAGUCUCCGCCUUGCCUGUGGUGGAUGAGAAAGGGCGUGUGGUGGACAUCUACUCCAAGUUCGAUGUGAUUAAUCUGGCAGCAGAAAAGACCUACAACAACCUAGAUGUGUCCGUGACGAAAGCCCUCCAACAUCGGUCCCACUACUUUGAGGGUGUUCUCAAGUGCUACCUACACGAGACCCUGGAAACCAUCAUUAACAGGCUGGUGGAAGCGGAGGUUCACCGUCUGGUGGUGGUGGAUGAGAACGAUGUGGUCAAGGGCAUUGUGUCUCUGUCGGACAUCCUGCAGGCUCUGGUGCUCACAGGUGGAGAGAAGAAGCCCUGAGCACGGCCCCUCGCUGCCUCCCGGAAGCUCUGGGAAUCAGAUGGAAUCCUGGGAGAACUGAGUCUGUUCCCUCGGGAGCUCCAUGCCCACUGUCUGGAACUAGAGGAGACGGGGAUGAGGAGAAAGGACUUUUAGCUUCCCUUACCAUCAUGUGUACAUUUGAGACAACGCUGAGCCCAGCCAAUCCUAGUCCUGUGCCCUUAGACAUAGCACCCUUCUCGGGGAACCAUGGGCUUUGUGCUCCUCAGGCAGAUUCUGAUCUCUACGAGAUCCCUACAGAUCCCUACACCUCACCGUGCCCCGGCUCCGGCUCCACCCUUACUCCGCCAAAGAUAAUAGCUCCACAAAAUCUUCUUAAAAAUAUUUUUAUUCACCCUGCUUCAUUUGUGUGGAGGAGGCUGAGUCCAUUUAAUGUCACUUCUUCCCAUUAAUCUUGGGAGGUGCGUGUCUGGGUUCCUGUGCUCUGUGCAUGUGAAGGCAGAUGGCUGUGUGGAGGAGGGCAAUGGGUAGGUAGCCAAGAUUAAUGCUUUUUGUAGCAAAUCUAAUUAAAUGACAAGGUUUUCAUCAUGGUA